AUGCAGAAUGUGUGGAUAGUCAAUGGCAAAGCACUAGAUGGACUCUCUAAUGCUUUGAGUACAUUUAUGCGAGCUAUGAAACCAAGAAAAUUGCAAGAGGCUGAGGAUGACUGUACAGAGGCCUUAAAUUUAGAUGAUCGUUACAUUAAAGCAUACUCACGCCGUUCAACAGCUAGAAAGGAACUUGGAAAACUUAAAGAAUCCCUUGAUGAUGCUGAGUUUGCCUCGAGGUUGGAGUGUAACAACCAAGAGGUCAAGAAGCAGUAUGCUGAAGUGAAAUCUUUGUAUGAGAAGGAGAUUCUAAAGAAAGCGUCUGGAGCAUUGAAAGGGUCGAUGCAAGGGGUUCAAAAAGCAGGGAAGCAAAGGGUGGAAAUGACCGAACAUGUUCAGGCCAUUAACCCUGAGCCAAGGCCGAGAAUUGCUGGAAUUCAGGAAGAUCGUACCAAGGUAUAA